GUGAAAUGGCAGAACCCAGUAUCUCAUGGGCUGAGGAUCAGUUCAGCUGUUCAGUGUGUUUGGAUCUGCUGAAGGAUCCAGUGACGAUUCCCUGUGGACACAGUUACUGUAUGAGCUGCAUCUCAGACUACUGGGAUCAGGAUGAUCAGAAGGGAAUCUACACAUGUCCAUUAUGCCAACAGACUUUCAGUUCAAGGCCAGUUGUAGGCAAAAACGUGGUGAUUGCUGAAAUGAUGGAGAAACUAAAGGAGACGAGACUCCAAUCUGCACCUGUUGCACCUCCUGUUCCUCCUCGUCGUCUUCUUCACACUGGAUCUGGAGAUGUUCAGUGCGACUCCUGCACUGAAAUUAAACAGAAAGCAGUGAAAUCGUGUCUGGAGUGUCGAAUCUCUUACUGCCAAAAUCAUCUUGAACAGCAUGAGAGUCUCUUCAGAGGUAAAGGACACAAUCUGACGGAUGUCACUGGACACCUGCAGGAGACUAUGUGCCCUAGGCAUAAUAAACUGGCGCAAAUUUACUGCCGUACCGACCAGCAGUGCAUCUGUAUGCUGUGUUUGGAUGAACACAAAAAUCAUGACACUGUAUCAACUGCAGCAGCAAGAACAGAAAAACAGAGACACUUUGAAGAAAUGCAGAGAAAAUGUCAGAAAAUCAUCCAACAGAGAGAGAAAGAUCUUCAGAAGUUGAGAGAGACUGUGGAGUUUCAUAAGCGCUCCGCACAGACAGCAAUAGAGGACAGUGAGAGAAUCUUCACUGAACUCAUUCGCUCCAUUGAGAAACGUCGCUUUGAGGUGAAGCAGCUGAUCAGAGAUCAGGAAAGAGCUGCAGUGAGUCGAGCUGAAGAACAGCUGGAGCGACUGGAGCAGGAGAUUGAUGAUUUAAAGAGAAAAGACGCUGAGCUGAAGCAGCUUUCAGAAACACAGGAUUAUGUUCAGUUCCUCCAGAGUCUGCCGUCUGUCUCUCUCUCUGGAUCCUCAGACAGCUUCAAUGUCAGUUCUCAUCUGUCUUUUGAUGAUGUAUUGAAAUCAGUCUCUCGACUCAGAGACGUACUGCAGCAGUUCUCCAUAGAUGACAUACAGCAGGUAUCUAAAAGAGAUUCUCAUCCAGUGGUGUUCACAGAUGAGGGGGCCUCCUCCCCACCAACUCCUCUCCCUAGAACACUAUUAAGGGAAUCCACAUCCAAUCCUUCCCCACUUCAGGGAAUGCUAUUAAAGUUGACUGGAUCCACACCUGCUUUUAACUACCUCUCGCCCACACCACCACCCCAUUUCCGGAAACUCAGUCUUACUGGAACACCAUCAAAGUUGACGGGAUCCACUCCCAACCCCUCUCCACCCCCACCUCUCGCCAGAACACCUUUUAAAUUGACCCCCCCUCCACCCCUCCCCCUAAAACCCCGCCGCCACCCCCUCCAAAACGAGUUUGUCUCUCUCAACUCAGAGAAAAACUGCAGCAGUUCUGCAAAGAGGAGACAGAAGAUGUCUUUUGCAGCCGCACAGGUCAUUCUGACUCCUGAAUAUCAGACCAGAGAAGAGUUUCUACAACAUUUCCACCUGCUGACUCUGGAUCCAAACUCAGUGAAUAAUUGGCUCCAUCUGUCUGAAGGAAACACAGUGUUGACUUUUGCUGACAAAUACCAGCCAAAUCCUGACCAUCCAGACAGAUUUGAUUGUUGGACUGAGGCGAUGUGUAGAGAGAGUGUGACUGGUUGCUGUUACUGGGAGGUGGAGUGGAGCGGUGAUGGAUCAUUAGGUGUAGAUAUAGCAGUGACGUACAAGAGCAUCAGCAGGAAGGAAGAGGGUCCUCCAAGUGCAGCUGGACGUAAUGAACAGUCCUGGAGUUUGUUCUGCUCUCCAGACUAUUGCUCAUUCUGGCACAAUAACCUCGAGACUGAACUCUCUGCAGUGUCCAGCAGUAGAAUAGGAGUGUAUGUGGAUCACAGUGCAGGGAUUUUGUCCUUCUACAGCAUCUCUGACACAAUGAGUCUCAUCCACAAAGUCCAGACUACAUUCACUCAGCCGCUCUAUGCACUGUUUGGACUAGAAAAUGGUACAACGGUGAAACUGUGCCAUCUGACCAAUUAAAUCACACAGUUUAUUUUGUCAUAUAUGAUGAUGAAUCAGUCCUAAUAAGAUGUUACAGGGCUUACUAUAGUGAAAAAAAUAAAUAAAUAAAGAUUAGUUUAUUAACAUAUUAGAUAUGCUGACUGUACACACUUUUAUUACAUGCAAAAUCAUAUGUAUGUAUAAAUUAUUCAUAUUACAUCUAAUAUGGUAUUAUUUACAUGCAUAAACAUUUCAUUCGUCAUCUUAUAUUUUCUGCAAAUUUGGUUGUGUUCAUCUUAAGGUCUUGCUUUUUAUGUGAUGAUUGCUCAAAUACACUGACAAGCACAGAUUCAGUACAGAGACAGUUCUGCUCAAAAUAUGACAAGAUAAAAUCAUAAUGCUCAUUAUAUAGAAAAACAAACAA